UUUAAUUAUUAAUAUCCUUAUGAAAUAUUUUGAAUACCCCUCGUAAAAUUAGUAUGAAAACGUUUUCGACACAAACGAUCUGUCAAAUUUUACAUAUUAGAACGUCAGUUAUCAACGGCAAAUUUUCAAAGUCAAAUAUAUUUAAAAAUUUAUGAUGAAUUGCCGUUGUAAAAAGAAACUUCCUGAAAACUACGAGGAAAAUCGAGAAAAUGUUUUCCAAAAUAGAAUUAUGUACAGUGUCCCUGUUCAUAUCGGUAUGUGGGACGAGGAAAUGGCUUUGAGGGAAGAUAAAAUGCGUAUAACGGCUUACAAGAGAGAUCGCUGUCAGUUGCUUAUACAAAAAAAUAAAAAAAUGUUCCGUAACGUACUGAAAUCGACGGUACUAGCAAUCGAAUCACCUUUUGUAUUAUUUGGUCAAAACUACCAAGUACGAGCUAGUGAUUUUACCACUAAAGAUUCAUCUGGAUUUUGUCUAUCAGGCGUAAUUAACGAACGGGAUAUUGAUUAUAUACAACAUUUUAAACAUGGUUGUGGUUUAUCUGCUUCACCUUUAAAACAACCCUGCGUAAGAAACACUUUUAAGAUAAUGGGAACGCGGUCGAAUAAAGAAGGUCAACAAGUGUUUUUUGGGGAGGACGUCUUGCUACAAAUUUGUGAAAGUUCCGGCCCUCCCCUGUAUAUACAAUGCGAAAAUUCUACUAUGGAUUCUUUCGGUGGUCAUUUAUCUGUAAGAUUAUCCGAAUGUCCAGAUAUAUAUUGUAGGUUUAAAUUUUAUCAUUGGAAUCCUCAAAAACGUACUAAAACAAACGGUACUACCUUUAAACCAGAUACGAGGGUUAUUAUUCAGCAUACAGCGUCUGGUAGAAAUUUAGCCUUUGAGCCUGGUCAAUGGAUGCCAACUUUUUAUGGACCGGAACUACAGGUAAGCUGUCAUACUUAUAGAGACAGUCACAAAAUGGAAACCAUUGAAAAUUUUUGGAAAAUCGUUACGAGACCUUUAUCAGACGCAGCUUUAUUAGUUCGGGCUGCCAAAGGUGAAAAUAUCCCCAUGGAUUUAUUUGAAUAAAUAAAUUUUUCACGCAUACAUCUAUAA